AUGUCUUUUUUUAAUCCAGGCACAGACUAUAUCCUGCAUGACUGCGUCCCAAUCCAGGAAUCCAAGACAAAAGGCAUUCUUCCUUGGAUCAAAAAUAUUUAUCGACAGUCUCGAGGGUUCGAAAUUUGCACGUUCAACUCGUCGAUACUUUCAAGUGUACUGAAGAAACAAUCCGCAAACUGGCCGUCUUUAGCCCAGGGCUACAUUUGUGAUGUUAUAUCGACGGUUCAUAUAUUCAUUCGCAAAGCAUCAACUGUAUCUUGUAGAGAUCAGAAAUUAGGUGAAAACAUUCUGUCAUUGGUAUUGGACGAUCUCAUCGACAAAUCCCGACAUGCUCUUUCGACAACGAACUUCCUACUGCAAAUCGAGAGGGAAGGGACGCCAAUGACACAAAAUCAUUACUUGAAUAGUAAUCUGAAAAAAUGUCGUCAGGAAUGCAUGUCUUCGGAAGCGAAGAAGUCUUCAUUUUCCGUGGAAUAUCAUAACGGUUCCAGUGGAGAAUGUGUUCGACUUUCUGAUCUAACUCAGAUUCACCAUAUUAAUAAUUUACACCAGACCGUUCAAGACAUCCACGACAUAUUGAAAUCGUACUACAAAGUUGCUCGUAAAAGGUUUAUUGAAAACUUGUGCUUGCAAGCGGCGGACUUCUAUUUAGUCACCGGGCCAGAAGCUCCGAUGGCAUUGUUCUCCCCCUCCUGGGUCUAUAAUCUAUCAUCUGAACAAUUGGAGAAUAUUGUUGGGGAAGAAUCCUCUGUGCGAAGGAAACGCAGACUGCUGAAGAAGCAAGCCAAGGGUCUUGAAACUGGCAAGAAGAUCUGCUUUAGCUUCAAUUGA